UGAGAGUGACUUGCCCUCACAAAAAAAGCACUUCUUUCGCCAUGAUCACAACAUCGCAACUCGAUCUCUUCCAAGCACAAGCUAGCUCGUGUGCUAGCUAUCUCAGCCCAGCCAGGCAGCCGUUGCAUUGCCUGGUUCUUCUUCCUCCUCUCGUCGAGUGUUUAGGCCGUUUGAGCAAUGCACUGAUAGCCAGAUAACAGAGAAGCCUGUAUUUAUUAAUUUAUUAUAUUAAUUAUUAUAUAUCGAUCCAUAUUUAUCUCGUGUCCAUGGAGUCCUACGGCGGCGGGUCCCCGCGGCCGCGGUCGUCGGCGUCCUCGCGGCGACCCUGCGCGGCGGCGACGACGGCCUCCCGCGCCGGCUCCGGCGCCUUCGUCUACGACGGCAUGCGCGCGACGCCGCUUUCCACGUCCGCGGCCAACUUCACGCGGUCCCUCCGCAAGGCGGCCUCCUUCGCCCACAAGAAGCCGCUGCCCAGCGCCGACGCGCCGCCGCCGCGGCGCACGCUGAGCAGCAAGGAGAAUAGCGGCAGCAGCCCUGGCGACGCGGCGCUCCUGAUGAUGUCGCCGCGCCGGUCGAUGCCCGAGCCUGGGGCCGCCGCAGCGAGGGGCCCUUGGGAGCCGACGAGGCGGAGGCGGAGCACUACCGGGACGACGACGACGGAUGACGCGGGGGCCGGGAAAGGGCCGUCCGGCCCGCUGCGGGAGAUGAUGGCGCCGCGCAGGAAGGAGGAGCCCGAGAAGGAGGAGGCCGCGCACCGCGCGCGCAUGCUGACGGCGCGGCUGCUCCAGUGGAGGUUCGCCAACGCGCGCAUGGAGAAGGCCAUGGCACGCGCCACCUCCGCCGCCGAGAACAAGCUGUUCUACACGUGGCUGCGCGUGGCGGAGCUGCGCAACAUCCAGGCGGCGAAGCGGAUCGUGGCGCAGCGGCGGCGGCAGAAGCUGAAGCUGGCCCGGCUGCUGCGCCCGCAGCUCCCACUGCUGGCGUCGUGGGAGCCCCUCUCUAGGCCGCACGUCGACGCCACUGCCGACCUCGGCCGCGUCCUCUCCGCGGCCUGCACCAGCGUCCCCUUGGCCGCCGGCGCGGAGGCCGACGUGGAGUCGCUGCACGAGACCGUGUUCUCCUGCGUGGGCACCGUCGACGAGAUCGAGGCCAUCGUCGACACCUUCUACGCCAAGGCCGGCGCGACGAGCGGCGCGCUGGGCGAGCUCGCGCGGACGAUCCAGCAGGAGGUGGAGUGCCUGGAGGAAGCGACGCGGCUGUCUAGCAUCGUCACCGGCUUGCAGAUGCAGGAGGUGAGCCUCAGGGCAAAUCUGAUCCAGGCAAAGCAGAGGCUUCGCCUGGGGCCGGCCGUCGCCGCACCGGCGUUUGCAGCUUCCGGUUGGUGUUUUUGAUCGGACCGGACAUGAACAGAAGCCAGAGUACAACUACUCACCCACUAUAAAUUAAGAAAAUUGAUUAAGGCGCAAGACUUGUGUUCGUUGCCAUCUGAUUCGACGCGUGAUUACUUGUGCGUGCGUGUCUGAAAAUAAGUUAAGCGGUACACAGAGAGGUGCGCCGUGCGCGUGUUCCACGUACGCCCAGGUGUGCUAGUUUAUUGGGGGUAUACAUGCAUGAGGUAUUUAUUCAUUGCCUUCGCAGGGGCAUUUGUGGUGUAUUUGUGCGUGUGCAAAUUUGUUUAUGGUUGUAAUUUGAGUUAUUCAUGGGAUUUGUAUGUAUGUUCAAAAUUUGUUAUUUGAGUUGUCAAGUGUCUAUGUAAACUGAUUUAUGAUUCCCAGCAGAAGAAUGAGCUCGGCUACUUACGUACA